CAAACAUUCGUGUUAGAUUAUUUCGUGGAUCAUGUACCUAAUUGUGUUAUUAAAAUACCAACCAUGAAUCAAAAACCAGUUUGGGAAGAUCGGGAGAUCAAGUUCGACAUAACCAAUAUUUGCAAGACCAUCCGCAGCGGGGAACAAACGCUUGAAAUAUUGGACUCAAUAGAAGAUACCAAGGGUAACCUUGGCGAUCGGGGAAGGCUGUUGGUCACAAAUCUUCGGAUCAUUUGGUACUCGGUAACAUCCAAUCGAUUCAGUCUAUCAAUCGGAUUCACCUGUGUUCUCACCAUGAACACCAAAACGGUGGUCUCUAAGGUGCGGGGAACAACACAGGCCUUACACAUACUCAGCGUAGGCAACAACUCUCGGUUUGAGUUCAUUUUCACCAAUCUUACCGCUAACAACACAAAACAUUUCUCCACAAUCUUUGACAUCUAUCGCCUGUAUCAGGCCUCAUUCCUGUAUCGAGAACUCAAGCUACGAUCUGCGAUUGUCAACAGCGGACAGCUGAAUGUGUUAUUGCAGGAACAGGUUUUCAACACAAUAAACGGCGUGUGGAAUUUGUCCAGUGACCAAGGCAAUCUUGGAAUUUUCAUUUUGACAAACGUCAGACUGGUAUGGUUCGCCGAAAUGAACAACAGUUUCAACAUAUCGUUGCCGUACAUGCAAAUAUCCAACAUUCGUAUUCGUGAGUCGAAAUAUGGUCCUGCACUUGUCAUCCAAACGUUGGAAACGGCAGGCUCCUACGUGCUGGGAUUUCGCAUAGAUCCACAGGACAAACUGACGGAUGUGUACAAGGAGCUACUAUCGCUGCAUAGUGUCUACACUGAGACACCAAUCUUUGGGGUGUUCUACGAACAAAAGCCGGACAUCGAGCGGCCGCCGCCGGAGUCGAUUGACGAUAUUGAAGAAUUGGACAUGACCGCCGGUGCUGAAAUCAACAGCAAAUUCACCGCUUACCUCGCCGAAUCCGAUCCGGGCGGGCUACGGCGUAAGCCGUUUUAUUGCAAAGAAUUGGGGUUUGCCAUGGAAGGCAUCAAGGAAGGCUACACCCUGAAGGACUUGUGGGAAGUGGUGCCCAGUGGUUCGUCGUCUGGUUGAGCUUUGUGCAGUGAGAUGAAUGUUAUAUGUAUUUGUUAAAUAAGUAUUUAGUAAAAUUAAAUUAUCAGUACUGACAGCAAGUCAGUGUUGUCCUACGCUCAGGGCAAAAAAUUAUGCUCUUUGAUUUUACUCCAUCUAAACGAUUUUA